AUGACAUUAGAUAAAGUAUUUGAUAGAAAAAUAGAAGAUGCACAACAUGAACUUAACAUACCAGAUGUCAAAAGAAAGCUACCACUUUUAUUGAAUUCAAUACUAUUCUUAAGAUGUAAUAAUAAUAAAAACUGUAACAUAAACGUUGAUUCCACAUCAUAUAAAUGGAUUAUAUCAUUACCUAUUGAUUAUAAAUAUAGAUUACAGAGUGCAUACAAUUGUGGGUUGGUUGCAUUAAGGUGUGCAGUUGAACACCUACUACAAAGACAAUUCUUAGAGAGCUCAGUAGAUUUAUUAAAGAUAGCGAUAGAUCGUGGCUAUUCAAAGGAAGGUGAGAUGUUCUCAGCGAAUGAUCUUUCAUCGGUUGCAAAUAGCUAUUUCAGUGGUUUGGUGGAAUCAUCUGUCAUUGAAAAUCCAACACCUAUCUCAAUACUUCGACACCUCUCUGCUAAUCUACCGAUUCUGAUACCUUAUGAUGCAGAAAAGAAUUGGCGACCUUCCAACCUCAAAGGUUACAGACCUCAUUGGGCUGUAAUAGUAGGUUUCAUCAUACCAACUUCAAAUAUCAAUAAUGAUAAUAACAACAGUGGUAUUAAUAAUAUCAAUAAUAUCAAUGUUAAAUGGAAUAGAAGUAAUAGUAGUGGUAGUAGUAACAACAAUCCAAUAUUGACGAUGAACUAUAUAAAUGAUAACAAUAGAAGAUCAUCAUCAUUAUCUGUAAAUGAACAUUUAAUAUUUAAUACAAUGAAUGAUGAUGAUGAUGGUAUAAAUGAAAAUCAAGAUAAUAGUAAUAAUAGUUUAGAAUCAGUUUCAAUUGAUUUAGAUGUAGAUGAUAUCUUUUUGAUUUGUCAACAUCCAAAAAGUAAGGUAAUGGCAUUGUGGGAGUACACAGUUCUUAGAGACUCGAAUUCAAAUUUAGAAACACCAGAUCCACAAAGACUUGCUGAGAAUAGAUGGAUCAUACCAGCUAGAUUAGAUAAUCUAAGGAACAAAUGGAUAUUUUUAUAUAUAACAUCAAAUAUUUUGUAUAACAUUUAUCAUCACUAUCUAUAUAAAGAUAAUUAUAAAAUAAAUUCAUACAAAACCAAUAAUGUUAAAAGUUUUCCACUAUAUCCAAUAUUGUCAAUCGGUAACUAUUGUCCAUAUGUAGCUUAUGGAACUAAAUCAAGAGUUGGAGAUCAAAAUGAUAUAAGAUUAAUUCUUGAUACUCAAAAUACAGCUACCUCAAUCGCAUCCGAAGUUUGCACAGCUGGAUGUCUUCAAAUGAAAGGUAUCUAUAAACCUGGAACCGGUUCAGUUAUUCAAGGUACUGCUCUGACUGGUGAAUAUAAUGAUGGAACUUCUUAUAUUGCUAAUCAAGUUUCAGAUAAAAUAUCACUUGAUAAUUCAACAUCGAAAAAUAAUUAUUUGUUUAAUACGAUUACGACUCAAUCUAAACCAUGGUCACAACCACAUUGUGAGGCAUCGGCUAUUAAAGCAACUGGAAUUCUUGGUCUUGGUUUCAAUCGUGAGGAAUCCGGUUACAUCACUCAGUACGCAGCGUUCAACAACGUAGAACAAGUAUUUGCUAUCAACCUCUGUAAAGCGAAUCCACGUAUUUGGAUGGGUGGUUUCGACACUCGAAUUGUUGACAAGGAGAUUGCCACUGCACCGAUGCAAGACACCACCUACAGUAUCAGCAUCAAGAAUGUCUAUGUCGGUGACCGUACUCUCUACCAAGUGAAAGAUUUCGUUUGGACCACAAGAAUCGAUACCCGUACGCCAUUCCUUCACGUGCCAUCGGCCGUCUUCCAUCAGACACUCCAGCUGCUCACCAGCAUCAAGACGUUCUCAAAGUUUUUCACCUCGCGUUUCUUCAUUGAAAAGAACUGUGUGCUCAAUCCAAUGGCUGGAAUGACCGACGAUGAAAUCAAUGAGUUGCUCCCAAAGUUCCGUAUUCAAUUCGCUUCCGACCGUGGAACUUCCUAUAUCGAGCUGAAUGCCGUACCGGGCUACUUGCUCAUCGAAGGACCAAAUGUAUGUCCGGGUAUGGUUGAAUCGCUCGACUAUAACAUGGUGUUGGGAACACCGCUCCUUCGUCAAUAUCUUGUUAUUUUCGAUCAAGAGAAUGCAAGAGUUGGAUUCGGUAAGGUCGACGACCACAAUUGUGACGUUGGAAAAUGGAGAAUUGGCGAGUGGUCCAACUGCACCCGGGAAGCUACAUGUUCAAUGCAACAUCGUAAUGUCACUUGCAUUUCACAGGCGUUCAACACCACCAUCAACGAAACACAAUGUCCUGGCUUUACACCACCCAGAGAGCGUAUCUGCACCAACACCACCAUCACCAAAAACGAUACUUGUCUCACCGACGAUCCACAAUGGGUCGUUGGUUCCACCUGGUCAGAGUGCGACCAAAUCUGUGGAUCCGGUGUACAGAAACGUCAGGUGUAUUGUGUCGACCAGUUUGGCGCGGUAACAAACGACACCAAGUGUCUGGACAAACAGCCGACCUCGCAGAAACUCUGUGCUGUCGAGCCGUGCAAGGAGGAAUACCAUUGGGAUGUCACAGAGUGGUACGGUUGCUCCAGUUCGUGUGGAGACGGAACGCAGCAGCUAGAGAAGAGAAAAAAAAGAGAGAUGUCAGGUUUAGUUGGAUCAGCAGCAGCAACAGUUGUAGGUGCAGGUAGAAAGAUUGUUAGUUUUCAAAUGCAUGGUGUCGAUAAGGCAUUGCCAUACAUUGCAAAGAGAGUAGCAUGGGCAGCCAAGCUGUCGGGUAUCAAAACCAGUGGACCAUUCCCAUUGCCAACCACCUCAAAGAAAUACACAGUCAAUAAAUCACCGCAUGUAGAUAAGCGUUCCAGAGAUCAAUAUGAAAUUCGUGUGAUGAAGCGUGUCGUACAGAUCGAUGCACCAAUCGAAGUUGCCGAUAAAUUCGUAAAGUUUGUCGAGACUAAACUCCCACCAAUUGCCUCCACUGUAGAUAUCAAGAUUGUCGAGAAGCGUUAUGCACCAGUCGAAGAAUUAUACUCUGGAAAGCGUGUUGCCUAA